AUGAACAUCUUUAGAUUCUUUGGAGAUCUUUCACAUCUUGCAAGUCGAUUCAUACUAUUAUACGCCAUUGAAUCAAACCGGUCAAUCAAUGGUCUUUCCUUAAAGACACAAGUGUUAUAUGUCAUUGUUUUUGUCACUAGAUACCUUGAUUUAUUCACUAAAUACUAUUCUUUUUAUAACACAUUGUUCAAAAUUGUGUUUAUUGCCAGUUCCAUAUACACGGUGUAUGUUAUGGUUUACAAGUACCAAAAGAGUAUACAAAACCAUGUUGAUACUUUUCCCAUUCGGUAUUUAAUUGGUGGUGCAGCCUUGGCAAGUUUGAUAUUCACUCACAAGUAUACUUUUGGUGAAGUGAUUUGGAGUUUUAGUUUAUGGUUGGAAGCAGUUGCCAUUUUACCUCAAUUGUUUAUAUUGCAAAGAACUGGAGAAGCGGAGAACAUCACUACUCAUUAUAUUUUCGCAUUGGGAAUUUAUCGUGCUUUAUAUAUACCAAAUUGGAUUUAUAGAUAUUUUGCUGAGGGUCAUUUUGAUUAUAUUUCUGUGCUUGCUGGUAUUUUACAAACGGCAGUUUAUUCAGAUUUCUUUUACAUUUACUACACCAAAGUCAUGAAGGGAAAGAAAUUUGAAUUGCCUGUAUAG